AGUGUGAAGAAGAAGAGGCGAGGACGACCCCUGGACCGACCAAAGCCCGCGCGCCGCUGCAUCCCCGCGCCCAGCGCCUACGUCCUGCCGCCGCCGCCGCCACCGCCACCAUGCCCAAGAGAAAGGCCGAAGGGGCUGCUAAAGGAGAUAAGGCCAAGGUGAAGGACGAACCACAGAGAAGAUCCGCUAAACCAGCUCCUCCAAAGCCAGAACCCAAGCCUAAAAAGGCCCCUGCAAAAAAGGGAGAGAAGGUGCCCAAAGGGAAAAAGGGAAAAGCGGAUGCUGGCAAGGACGGGAAUAACCCUGCAGAGAACGGAGACGCCAAAGCAGACCAGGCACAGAGAGCGGAAGGUGCUGGAGACGCCAAGUGAAGUGUGUGCGCUUUUGAUAACUGUGUACUUCUGGUGACUGUACAGUUUGAAAUACUAUUUUUUAUCAAGUUUUAUAAAAAUGCAGAAUUUUGUUUUAGUUUUUUUUAAGCUAUGUUGUUAGCACACAGAACACUUCAUUGUUGUUUUGGGGGAAGGGGCAGAGGUCACUAACAGGUCUCU